AUGGCUUUGGCCGACCAGGAGAAAACUGCUUUUGUGACUCCCACUGGGAAUUACCGAGUAAUGCCUUUUGAGUUGAAGAAUGUUAGGUCUAUCUAUCAGCGGAUAAUGACUAGAAUAUUUAAACCCCAACUUGGCAAAAAUAUUGAAGUCUAUAUUGAUGAUAUGGUCAUAAAGAGCAAGGUGGAGGUCGAGCAUUUGAGUGACCUUGAAAGCGUAUUUAAGGUGAUGAGGAGGCAUAAGUUACGUCUCAAUGCUUCUAAGUGCUCUUUCGGUGUUAGCUCGGGCAAGUUUUUGGGCUACAUGGUCACCCAUCGUGGAAUUGAAGUUAAUCUUGAUCAGAUUAAAGCGAUCAAUGAUUUACAACCUCCUCAAAAUCCCAAGGAGCAAUUGAAGGAUUACCUUUCUCGACCACCCAUCUUAUCUAGACCCAAAAAGGAAAAAGCCCUUUUCACCUACAUAGCCUUAGCCUCUCAUGCAGUCAGUUUGGUUUUAGUGAGGGUAGAAAAUGGGGUACAGAGGCCAGUCUAUUAUGUGAGCAAGUCACUGCAAGAGGCUGAGAUUCGUUACUUGCCCUUGGAGAAAGCUAUUUUGGCCAUAGUGCACGUUACACGGAAGCUCCCCCAUUAUUUCCAAGUACAUACAGUUGUAGUUCUAACUCAACUCCCUUUGCAGUCGUUGAUUCGAAACUCUGAUUAUACGAGAAGGAUUGCCAAAUGGGGGACAAUCUUAGGAGCAUUUGAUGUAAAGUAUAUGCCUCGUACCGCAGUUAAAGAGCAAGUUCUUGCAAAUUUGGUGGCAGAAUUUACUGAGUCUCCAAUAAAGGUUGAGGCUGAGAAGCAUAGCAAAUCAAAAGGGAUCUGGGGUUGGAAUGGUGAUAUUGUCUCUAAUGGAAUCACCAUUGAGAAAUCCUUGAGGUUGGGUUUCUCAGUUACAAAUAAUGAGGCAGAGUAUGACACUUUGUUGGUCGGGGUAACUACAAUUAAGAAGUUAGGAGGAAAAGCUGUAGAGGCUCAGAGGUUACAAUCACGUUUUGAGUUUUUCUCCAUACAACAAAUCCCGAGGAGUAGAAAUGCACAUGCUGAUUCUUUGGCAACUUUGGCAACCUCUUCUAGACAAGAUCUUCCUCAAGUUAUUCUUGUUGAGGAUUUAAAUAGGCUUGCCGAGGAGGAGAUGGAGAAAGUCCAGGCUGUGGGAAAUCGAAGAUGGCUUUUGGUUGGAACUGAUUACUUCGCAAAGUGGGUCGAAGCUAAGCCAUUGUCCAACAUUAGAGAUAUUAAUGCAACGAAGUUUGUUUGGAAGAAUAUUGUAACCCGAUUUGGAAUUCCUCAUACCCUCAUCUCGGAUAACGGGCUUCAGUUUGAUAGUAAAGUCUUCAGGCGAUAUCGUUGUGAAUUGGGCAUUAGGAACAGAUAUUCAACCCCGACCUAUCUACAAGGGAAUGGACAGGCUGAAGCAGUCAAUAAGGUCACAGUUAAUGGACUUAAGAAGAGGUUGGAUGAAGCAAAUGUUAGAUGGGUUGAAAAACUGCCACAUGUUCUUUGGACAUAUCGAACAACUCCUCGUCGGUCAACUAGGGAAACACCCUUUUCAAUGACAUAUGGGUCUGAGGCUGUGAUCCCUCUAGAGACUGGGUUUCUGAAGCUAAGGACAAGCUUGUUCACCCCAGACAAUAAUGAUCAAUUACUAGAAAGGAUUUUGGAUUUGGUCGAUGAACAAAGAGAAGCAACCAUGGUACAACUGGCACAUUAUCAACAGAAACUUAAGUAG